AUGGCGCGCACCAGGAGCCAGAGUCGUGAGCCUGGUGUCGAGCCACGCUUAGUGCACCGUCAGAUCAGGACUGUAGGCGGAGGGACAGCUCAUAAUGCGCGUCAAGCCCAACAACAGCUUGAGCCUCUGACGGAGGAUAUGAGUGAAGUCGAAGAGGACCUCGAAGACGACUUCGCGAAUGACAGUGAAGAUAUGGGUCAGCAGUCGGCAGCAUCUGAGGAUGAAGAGGUCUCAAACCCCGACUCCGCCCCGAUCGUGACCUUCUCUCAAACCGAACUGCAACAACUUGACCCCGUCCAAAUGGAAAACAAUAUCGAAGAGCUCAACGCACAAGCCAGAAAACUUCUUGGUUGCUUCAAAACACGCACCGGACAACCCAACGAGCUACAGUCACUCAUCCGUGAAUCGCAAGAUCCGGAGUCAAGACAGCGGCAGAAGUUGGACGCCUGCUGGAGCGCGCUGGAAGAAACUCAGGCCAUAUUCACUCGAGGUGGAGAAUACCUCAAGCUCAAUACUAUCCUCCGAGGCUUGUUGAGAAAAAGAAGCACGCAGCGAUUGCCCAAGGCCAUCCAACCCUGGAGACCAGAUGAUGUGAUAUGCAAAGCCAACCUCGCUAUCCUCGUGCAUGCCAUCAUAAUUCAGUCCACCGACGAAGACUUCACUGACGCCCUGGUACCUCUGGACAGUUUCUUCCCCUCGUCUUUCGUAGUUGGGUUCGCCAACCCUGGAAUUCAACCGCGGGCAGGCUACAGCACUCUUGUACCAGAAACCUUUGAGUUUGCCCUGGAACUUAGAACUCAGAUACUUGUUGCUAAACUGCUUACUUCUGAUCCAACUCAAGAUGCUGCCGCAGAUGAUAUCAGGAGAACCAUGCUCAACUUCGACGAGACCGACGACUUUGACGACGAAAUGGGAGCUAUGCAGAAUCUUCAGAGUGCCCUAUCUCGCAACAUUUAUGCCAGAAAAUGGGAUCUGCUCGACCCUCGUGACUUCGGAACCGAUGAAUAUGCCGACAAGAUCAUCCGACGUACUGAGGAAAUCAAACGAGUACUAUUCAGUGAUAUUGAAGACCCUUUUGUUGAUACAUCAGCAAGCUUGGAAUCUGGCUUGGCCAGACUGCGGGACAGAUUCCCUCGCGAGAGAUUUCAGAAAUACCUCUUGCAGUGGUCUAAUUCGCGUCUCUCGGAGAUUGAUAACAGUAUCAAGAGGUUGGGCGGUAUCGAUGAGAUUGUCACUGCCCUAGAAGACGAGAUCAGACAACGUCUCGAGAACCCAGAUGCAUACGUUGAUGAGGGAAAUGAGGAACUUGAAGCACUGCCUAGCAUCGAAAGCAAUAUUCGACCAGAACCGACAUCCAGAGGUCGUCCAGGAACAUCAGCCAGUGCUCCAACACCCGCUAUUGUGCCUGUGGAAAAUACAGCACAAGUAGACGAGCAAGCCACCGAUAAUGUAGCGUCAACUGCUGGUCCGACACAGGACCGUCCUAAAUUGACUGGACAGCUGGCGAGAGCGAACGCACUCGACGAACAACAACGUCAACAACGCAGAUUCAUCGACGCUCAACCCAACGGUGUGAGAAUAUCUGACGAUCUGUUUGAUUCUCAGCCUGCACCAAGUGCCCAGCGCCAGACGUCAGGCAAACCGGAGAUUGAGAUAGACCCCAUCUUAAACGAUGAAGUGCAAGAUCCAAGCGAGGACGAGGGUUUCCAAGUCGACCAGCGCAAUCUUCCUGGCAACAGACCUCGUCCAGGGUCCUCGGCAGUACCAAGUCAAGCUCCAGCAGGCAGUACUGUGCCAGAGCGUCGUCGUCGAAGAACUUCUGAGGGUGACAGUCCGAACAAGCGACAGCGGAAGAAUCCUGGUCAGCUCAUGCCACCUUUCCAGUCUACUGACGAUGAGGACGUCAACGGCUUCAGGCUUGCCUCUGUGCGCACCAGACAACUUCAAGCAAGCACCGUCAAGCCGCAAAGGGGGCGAAGACCAUGGACUGAUGAUGAAGUGGGAGCCCUGCUCAGGUUGAUCAGAGACCAUGGUAUAUCCUUUGCAUACAUCAAAAGGAUUGAUAAAGUAAGGAAAUCCCCAGCGCUAGGAGAUCGGACCGCGGAAGAUAUCCGCUUCAAAGCCAGAGAAAUGAAGGUCAAGUACCUCAUUGCGGAGCGCCAGCUGCCCGAAAACUUGGGACUGGUACCUUUAGGCAAGAAGGAGAUCGAGAAAGUCAACCAGUAUGUGCCCUAUGAGCAGGAACCUCAGCGUUCGCGUGCUCGCGUCCCUUCUAUCUCACCAGAACCGUCUUCCCAGUCUUGA